AUGAACAGUAUAGGACCUGAAUGUAAUGACUUGAAGAAAGAAUACGAUGCUUGCUUCAAUGUUUGGUAUUCGGAAAGUUACCUCAAAGGGGAUCACAAGAGCGAUCCUUGCAGUGAGUUGCUGAAGAGCUACAGAACGUGUGUUUUGGUAAAGAGUUUCAGUUAUUUUUAUUUAAAACAGAGCAAAGCAAAUUAGAACACGAUGAGUUCGGAUCAGUAGGCUGAAAUUUUGUUUUAACUGGUACAGUUUCUUAUUUCAAAUUCUCUCCACGUGAUAGAGCUCCUGACUCCUCUGGUGGGGGGCGGGGGGGAUUAGGGAAACUCCCAUAUAAAAUAGACUUAGGUGCCAGUCAGAAAAUUAGAUUUAGGCCCCAAAAGGUGAGAAAUAUGGGCGUAGCUCAGGCUUUAUUUGACCCCUGAAGCAGCUAUGUAGCAAAGUAAAGUCUAAGUAGGGUUUUUUAUAAAUCAAGCUGGUUAAUAGUCAUUAAGCCGCACCUUCAAAAUUACCCCAUGUCUUUGUAAUUUGAGCCAGUGUCUGGCUCUCUCAGCUCAGCAGGUGAAAUAGGACAGCAUCCAGUUCAUGCCUACAUCCCUGAUCCUCAAAGGAGACCAUCCCCCAAAAGAGUUUGACAGGAUUUUUUGUUUCCUUUUGUGCUGAUAUUUCUUUACUCACAACCCCAAGCAAGAAUUUUAUGAGUAGCUUUCCUGUUCUGAACACCCUAACACCGAUAACAACACGAGACAAAUCUACCAGUUUGACCCCUGAGCAAGUUUUUUUUCUUUACAAAAACUGAUGCAGUCUCUUAUUGAUAAUUAACAAUAAUUUGAGAUCAAAGAUGUUUGUUUUUUUUGCCUCCACAGAAAGCUAUCAAAGAAAGAAACAUAGAUCUUUCUGAGAUUGAAGCUAAUAUUCUUGGGACUGAAAGAGAAAAGCAACCACCUCCAGGAAGAUGAUUGUUGGUAUCAUGUCAUACCUGCAAUAAAUUGAAAAAUGGUUUAAAAAAUGCUCCCUAGAUGUCAGUACUUGUUAUGGACUUGUAAGUGAAAGCUGUAGAAGAAAUGGAUACCUAUUUGGCAAGCUCCAGAAGCAGACUUCCUAAAGAUGAACAUCUCUUACUUUCAUCUAUUCCUGUAUUGAUGUGCAAAUUGUGAAUGUAAGAACACGUACAUUGUAGUUACAGCAGUGAAGACACAGGAGUUCUAUGGGUCAAUUUUUUUGGGGGGGGGUCCAAACAAUCUGUGAACCAUGUCAGCCAUGGGAAAAAAUAGAGUUUUAUGAAAUUGUAAAUGCAUAAAAAAUGUUUCCUGCUUAGCUCCUAGGCUCUGCUGAUAGAAUAUUUGAGAAUUACACAGUAUUGAUCGACUUUCACCGAUUAGGGUUAAGCACUUGGUUUACGGAUAAAUUUAGGGUUAAGCGCUGUUUACGUUAAAAACUUUUUUUACAGAUUAGGGUUAAGCGCCUUUUGACAUUAAACACUCAUUUACAAAGGUUAGCUUUCGGUUAUUUUUUUUGUUUUGCAUAUUAUUUUAAUACUGCUUUUUCGAUUUUUUUCCAUUUUUCUUUCACAUGGCUCACAUGGCUCGCUGGCUUGCACUUUAUCCUAACUCUAUUUUUUACAUUAUUUCAGUUAAAAGAAACUUUCGUAGGAACAAUAUUUGAAUAGUCACUCAUUUUGAACUCAUGUACUUCAAAAAGCAAUGUGUCUCUUUUGAGAGAUAUAUGUCUAGCUCAUUUUGUGGGUUUACGCUUUGUUUUUAACCCUUUGUGUUAGUAAAAAAGUUAAUGGUAGAAUAUUUAACAAUAAAUUAUUCCACGAGUGCGCAUUGGAUAUGAGUUGGCUAUAAUCAUCUCAUAUCCAACAAGCGCGAGUGGAAUAAUUGAUUUAUUAAAAACGAUGACAAAAUAUCGAGAAUUCUUCCUGACUUUAUUUGUAAAAACAACCGAUUUUCAACUUUAAUUUUGAGCAGAGGCAUAGAGUUACCAUAUUUGGAGAGCAUAGUGUAAUGGCUCAUUUACCAUGAUGGCUAUAAGCCAAUUAGAGGUGAGAGCACUAGAAUGGCAUUAUCCAAUGAUUCAGUUUUUAAUAAUACGGGUUACAGCAUACAGACUGAUACACUUAUAUGGUGAAACCUGGUCAAGCCUUUCUAGAAAGAAUAAAAUUUUAACUUCAUUAUUUCAUUCUUUCAAGAUUGAGUUCAUUAUCACGGCUGUCUUCUAUUCAUAAAAAUCAGAAUAUGCUUCCUAGCGGCACCCUGCAUUCCUCAUGUUCAGAGAACUGGGCUCCCUACAUAUUUCUUAGGGCAAUGAGCCUUGAUUAUUGGCUUCAAAACUACUUUUUCUUGAAAGUUAAAGAAUUGAAAAUUCAAAACCAGCAUUGUUGGACACAAUCAAAAUUGAAAUGAGGCAUUGGUGUUUGAAACUGCAGAGUCUCAACAAUUAUAACCUUUAAUUAAACAUUGGUUCAAAAUCUUCAUAAUUAUAAUGAUUAUCACUGUUAUUA